UGAUGGCGCUUUGAAUAGUUUAUUGGGCCAUGGAUGAGGAUGACUUUCUGCAUCGCCGCUCUUAAUAAAGACCGUGUUUGCUUUGGAACAAUGGAGGGUGAAGGGGUUGGUGCUCUUUCCCUUUUGUUUCCUUCUCCACGAAGUCUAUCUAUCCGGACAAGUCUCGCUCGCUCUCUCUCUCUCUCUCUUUAAAUACGCAAUUCUCCGUGAUCUUUGCCCUGCACCAGCCUGAGAGCGAAGCGAUGGAGAGUCCUCCCACUUUCCUUUCGUCAAUCUUCGUGGCAGGGAGCAGACAGAGAGAUGGCGUCGGCGGUGCUCUGAUUUCGGUUCUGAGGAAGAUCAUCUACGCCCUUCUGACUUGCGUUUUCGUUACAGUGGGCUCGAUCAUUGGAGCAUUGGUUGUCAUACUGGGAGGCAAAGAUGAGAACAUGGGCUUCCUUCAUGGGAUUGGCGUUGGAGCCCUCUCUGGUGCCAUACUUGCAAUGGAGAUACUGGACUCCUUUCUUGCCUUCUUGAACUCCCACCCAUCUCAAUCCAGAGGCACUUUACUCUUAGUGAUAAAAUUUUCUUGUGGCUACGUGAGCAGAAAAAUAGUACAAGAACGAGUGACUCAAGCAAUUUACGCAACUCUACCAAGACAGGAGAAUGAUCUGGAGGAGCCCCGAGACAUAUUCGAUACUGAGACCCUUCCAAAUGGGCUAUCUUUAUUAGCCCUCCAGCAGCUGGGCAGAGCCAAUUUUGAUGUGACACAAAAGGAUGGUAGCACUCCAACUUGUGCCAUAUGCUUGCAGGAUUUCCAACAAGGAGAGGACAUAAGGAAGCUGCCUCUUUGCUCCCACACCUUCCAUCUUCCUUGUGUAGAUGCUUGGCUUGCCAGGCACGGGACUUGCCCUCUUUGCAGGAGACAUUUUGGUCAUUAGUUUCCUUCUUGUAAAUAUUUGCAGAGAAUGACGUGCCGUCGCCCACACCUUUUCUUUCUCUCAAUUUUAAAUAUCAGAUCCUUGUCCGUCA